CUCUCAUCUAUAUCUUUUCCUCUCAACUAUCAUAGUACACUCGGGUCACAGUCCAUCUAUCUCAUCUUCUUCUUGUGUAUCCAAAGAAACAUUCACAUCAGGGUCAUCCACACGUCAUGUCAGACGCUCGACUUCGGAGAGUUCAGAAGGAGAUCCGAGACUGUGCAAAAGACAAAACAUCCCAGAUCUCACUGGAAAUGAUAGACGAAAACCCCUUUCACCUCAUCGGCGCCUUCCCUGGACCUCCGGAUACACCAUACGAAGGAGGUUACUACGAGGUCGAUAUCGUGGUACCCGAUGCCUACCCUUUUCAACCUGUCAAAAUGAAAUUUAUCACGAAAGUAUACCACCCAAACAUCUCGUCUGCGAGCGGAGCCAUCUGUUUAGAUAUACUGAAAGAUGCCUGGUCACCUGUUUUAACGCUUAAAUCAACUCUGAUAUCAUUACAAUCCCUCCUAUGUGACCCGGUCCCAAAUGAUCCUCAAGAUGCGGAAGUCGCAAAACAUUUCCUCACCGACCGACAGUCUUUCAACGCCACCGCAAAACACUGGGCUCAAGCGUAUGCACAAGCACCGGCACGCAAACAAGCGCAAGUUUCUGGAAAAGUGGCAACGGAUGCCGAGAUGGCAGGCUUGUCAGAAGAGAGUGUGAAAGGAUUCACAGAGAUGGGUUUUCCUAGGGAGAAAGUGAUCCAAGUGUUAAAACGUCUGAAUUAUCGUGGCAACGUCGUCAACACCAUGCCAAUGGAUACUGUGAUGGAAGCACUUCUCAGUUGA